CCAUCAGUGCCACCUGCUAGUGCCCAUAAUUGCCACAUACCAGUGCCUAUCAGUGCACAUCAAUGACACCUAUCACUGCCUUUCAGUGCACAUCAAUGCCACAUAUUAGUGCCCAUCAGAGCUGCCUUUCAGUGCCAACUAUCAGCACCAGUCAGUGCCGCCUUUCAGUGCCCAUCAGCGCCAUAUAUCAGUGCUGCCUUUCAGUGCCCACCAGUGAUACCUGUUAAUGCCCAUCAGUGCUGCCUAUCAGUGCCCAUCACUGCAGCCUCAUUAGCGCACAUCAUUGAAGUAGAAAAAUUUAUCAUUUACAAAAUUUUAUAA